CAGGACGAGUUCCAUUCCGGCGUGGGUCGACCCGAUGUAGCUUGAUUCAAUCACUUUCGUCUCUUCAACCUUGCUCGAGAUGCUGCUCAAGGUGCUACUCAUUUGCGUAUGGGUUGUCGUUCACGGUCAAGGGCUCGACAGCAACAAGGCCGACUUUACGGAGCUUCAAGCCGACCUUCAAGCUGACAUUGACCAGAUCAUCAAACCCGAGAUCCUGCCCAACCAGCGCUACAGCGUCUCGUACGACACGACCGAUGAGCACGACACGAGAAUCUUCCACACGGAGAUCAUCGAUCCGUCGAAUGCCAGACUGGGUACCUACGGGUACAUUAAUGGCGAGGGACUCUUCCGGAUAGUGUACUACAUUGCGGACUCUACGGGGUACCACGUAUUUGUUUGUACCAACGAGCCCGGAACUGAGACGUCAGACCCGGCAGAUGCCCAGAUCCGUGUCCAUAAGCAGUGGAAGCUCGCGACUUCUGCCAAAGUGAACAUGCUCUUCACCAGGGUGAAAGCGGCCCCGGAGAUCGUCAAGAAGCACAUGGCUGGAGAGCGAAUGGACGAUGGCGACAUGAUUAAGAAGGUUGUUUUCGAAAUGAUGCCAAGUGAUGUGACUUCAGAGGGAGUGAGUUCUAGAGACAGAAUUGUUCCAGACCAGAAAGGCUUCAGCACGCCACGCACACGCAGGCAAAGGCGCAGGAAACAACACUUCCAGCAAGACCUGUAUUAGGUGAAGAUUCAGCCAAAGAAACACACAUAUAUAUAUAUAGAAAAGAGCAAAACAAGUGAUGUAAACUUAAACGUAAAAUUGAAAUUGAAAGCACUCGCGCUGUGUGGAAUCUGUGCUUCUGUGUUUUCUUCUGUGCUGCUAAGGCGACUCGAUUUGGAUAAAUAAAUAAUAAAAACGUAUCUUAUCCUUCCAUUCACCUCUUGCUUUGCUGCCCUUGUCAUGUGUAUGGCGUUGUUAGUGCAGUUGAUCAUAGUUGUGUUGCCACUGAAAAGCACUAAUUACCACGUGAGUGCGGACAUGUACGCAAUACAGAGUUAUUAGCACGCACUACUUAGUCGUUAAAGAUGAAUCACAUUCACAGCAGAAACUUCGUUUCACUGAGUGAGCCGUGAAGAGUCUUUUUGGUAGACGUCGUAUUCUACUUCAGCUUCUAACAUCAUAAGGUUUAUUUUAUAAUUUUUAUGUUCACAGAGUAGUCGUAUAGUUUUAAUCUCGUCCCCUGUAACACAAACUUUUAUGUAUCAGCGUGAUUGUGUCCGGACGCUGGAUUUUUGCUGACUUAUUGCUUGUCACAUAUUUAUGUACUGCCCAUGUAUUGAAUAACAUGUUAAUUGAAUUGGACAUUACCAAGCAAAUAAAGAAGUGUUACACGCCAGCUGUGGUGUGUGCCAACUCAUGGCUUACC